CCAUCAUUUCCGGCUUCAACCGCCGCCAGGAGCCGCCUCUCUCCGGCCAAGUAACCGGAAACUGGUUUCUAUAUUCUUUCAGAGUAAGCUUCAUGUGUAAUACCAAACAUGGCAUCAUCAUCGUCAUCCCAAGCCAAAACCCUAACCCUAGAUUCUGCAACCUUAUUUCUACAAUCCCCACAAAUCGUUUCUCCUCCUCUUUCUUUCUCUCUACUAUCCGCUGGCUCCUCUCUCCCUCCAAUGCCCACAGAUUUCCCCCUUUCUAAAGUUAUCCCUAAAACCAAUUUUAUUGUUGACGGUUUCCGAUACUCCGGUGACUACUCCGUAUCUUACUUCCUCUCCCACUUUCACUCGGAUCACUACUGUGGACUUAACGCUAACUGGUCUAGAGGAAUUAUCUUUUGUUCAUCGGUUACUGCUCGUCUUGUUGUCCAAGUGCUUAAAGUUUCGGAAUCAUUUGUCGUUCCUUUGCCAUUGUCGGAGUCAGUUUUGGUCGACGGUUGUGAGAUUUCGUUGGUUGACGCAAAUCAUUGUCCAGGUGCAGUCCAGUUCUUGUUCAAAAUUCCAACCGGGGACGGGAGUUGCGAGAGGUAUGUGCAUACCGGUGACUUUAGGUAUUGUAGUUCGAUGACAUCUGAAACUGGUUUGAAAGAAUUUAUUGGUGCUGACGCCAUUUUCUUGGACACUACCUAUUGCAAUCCGAAAUAUGUGUUUCCUUCGCAAGGGGAGUCUAUUGAUUAUGUAGUUAGUAUGAUUGACAAGUAUAGGGUUGAGAAUGAGGGUGGUUUGAAGUCUGUUUUGUUUCUUGUUGCUACUUAUGUUAUUGGUAAAGAGAAAAUCUUGCUUGAGAUUUCACGUAGAUGUAAUAGAAAGAUACAUGUUGAUGACAGAAAAUUUGGCAUUUUGCGUACUCUGGGGUUUGGGAAAGAUGCGGUAUUUACUAAUAAAGAGUGUGAAACUGACGUUCAUGUUAUUGGGUGGAAUGUUUUAGGUGAGACCUGGCCAUAUUUCCGACCUAAUUUUGCAAAGAUGCAGGAGAUUAAGGAUGCUAAGGGGUACUCUAAGGUGGUGGGUUUUGUCCCAACAGGGUGGACCUAUGAAGUAAAGCGGAACAAGUUUGCUGUGAGGACAAAGGAUUCAUUUGAGAUACAUCUGGUACCUUACAGCGAACACUCAAAUUAUCAGGAGCUUAGAGAGUAUGUAAAGUUUUUGAGACCAAAGCGUGUUAUUCCGACAGUAGGUGUGGAUGUUGAGAACUUUGAUGGGAAACAUGUUAAUAAGAUGCUGAAGCAUUUUGCUGGGUUGGUUGAUGAAAUGGCCAUCAAGCAGGACUUCUUGAUGGGGUUUCAUCGUGGGUCCAAGGAACUGAAUGAGAAGGUUGAAAAGGAUUCACACAACCUAAAUGAAAAUGUGCAGGGGCCAGAAAAAGAUAUGGCUGUUGCUGAACAAGAAGCUCGAAAUGAUACUUCUGCACUUCAUGAUCAAAAAGAGGAUCGUGGCUCACGGGAUUUGGUAAUGAUAACUGACAAGGAAACGGAUGAAAUUAUACAGGAACUUCGUGAUUGUUUGCCUGCUUGGGUUACUAGAGAUCAGAUGAUGGAUCUUAUCAGUAAAUCAGGAAAAAAUAUUGUUGAAGCAGUUUCUAAUUUUUAUGAACAUGAAACAGAAUAUCAUGAGCAGGUCAUUACUAGUACAUCUUCUGCUCCUGCAUCAUUAGAAAGCUCAAUUGAGAUUCUCAAGGAGGUCAUUGCCCAUGCUUCAUCUACCUGUGCAUCCAAUAAAACCUUUUCUAAAGACUUCACAUCACCUUCAUCUCCAGUUAAAUUUUUAUUAAAAAGCGAGGAGAGUCCAAGUAAAAGAAAAAUAUCAUCUAACAUCAAACAAUCAAGUAAGAGCAGCAUUUCUCCUAACAAAAAGAGGAAAAUCAAUGACAGUAAGUCAAGCAAGAAGCCUAGAAUCACUUCACAACUAGGAUCUGGUGGACCAAAGCAAUGUACGAUAACUAAAUUCUUCAAUAAGCUUUCCCCUAUGGCGUCUCAGGAUCGGAGUGCAGGAACUUUGCCUGAACGAUCCCACAAUGAUGACAAGUUGUUGCCAACAACUGCCGUUAGGCAUUACAAAGAUGAGGUAGAUCAGUUCAUACAAAUCAUAAAUGGCAGCGAGUCAUUGCGUAGCUAUGCUACAACCAUCUUAGAGGAGACAAAGGGAGAUAUCAACAAGGCUCUAGACGUGUAUUACAACAACUCUAAGGAUAAACACAGUGAAACUAAUAAGAGGGCAGUGCAGAGUAGCUGUUUUGUUGAAGCCAGCACUGGGAUCUGCUCUUAUGAUCAAGACACCAAAGUAGCAGACAGGGAUAAACGUGACAAGUCCUGGUCCAAGCAACCAACAGAGUCCUUGGGGACUCAACCUCCAGCUGGAAAUGUGGCCUCCAACCUUGUGUCCUUACCACCUGAGAAGUAUUCUCCCACAGACCAUGCUUGCUGGAAAGAUGACCAGCCUGCUCCUUAUUUACAUCUUGCCAGGACAUUCAAUCUGGUGGAGGACGAAAAAGGAAAGAUUAAAGCUACAUCUAUGCUCUGCAAUAUGUUUAGGAGCUUAUUAAUUUUGUCGCCAGAGGAUGUGCUGCCAGCUGUUUACUUGUGCACAAACAAAAUUGCUCCUGACCAUGAAAACACGGAACUGAAUAUUGGUGGAAGCAUAGUCACUGCAGCAUUGGAAGAGGCAUGUGGGACAAACAGAUCGAAAAUUCGGGAUUUAUACAACAGCUUAGGUGAUCUUGGUGAUGUUGCUCAACUUUGCCGCCAGACACAAAAACUACUUGCGCCGCCAGCUCCCCUCUCAAUCGGAGGUGUUUAUUCGGUGCUUCGAGAGAUCAGUGUACAAACAGGUAGUGGAAGUACCAUGCGGAGGAGAAACCUCAUCGUCAAUCUGAUGAGAUCUUGUAGAGAGAUGGAGAUCAAGUUUAUAGUCAGAACAUUGGUUAGGAAUUUAAGAAUUGGGGCCAUGAUGAGAACUGUUUUGCCUGCAUUAGCUCAGGCUAUUGUUAUGAACUCUGGUCAUGAAAGAACCAUGGAAAAUCUGAAAGAAAGGCUUCAGGGGCUCUCUGCAGCAGUUGUUGAAGCAUAUAACAUACUCCCAAAUUUAGAUUUGCUCAUUCCUUCUGUUAUGGACAAUGGGAUUAAAUUUUCCCCAGAAACAUUGUCGAUGGUUCCAGGGAUACCGAUUAAGCCAAUGCUUGCGAAAAUUACUAAUGGAAUCCCUCAAGCGUUGAAGCUCUUUCAAGGAAAAGCACUUACUUGCGAAUUUAAAUAUGAUGGUCAGCGUGCCCAAAUUCACAAAUUAGCUGAUGGAUCUAUACGUGUGUUUUCGCGAAACGGGGACGAAACAACUUUUAGAUUUCCUGAUCUAAUAAGUAUAAUAAAUGAGCUUUGCAAUCCUGAUACUGUGACUUUCAUAAUUGAUGCAGAGGUGGUCGCUGUCGAUAGAAAAAAUGGUCCCAAGCUUCUAUCGUUCCAAGAACUAUCUUCUCGUGAUAGAGGGGGCAAAAAUUCAUUUAUUGCAGUAGAUAAGAUAAAGGCCCGAAUCUAUUCCAUCACAAGUAUUCUGACAAAAUUAUUCUUUGAGCAUCGUGGUGCUUAUUUAGUUGAUAUAUGUGUCUUCGCAUUUGAUGUCAUGUUCGCUAAUGGGGAACAGCUGUUGGGUUUACCUCUGCGGCAAAGAAGAAAAUAUUUGAACGAUUUGUUUGGUGAUGAGAAGAAGGGAUAUUUUGAAUAUUCACAGCAAAUAACAGUGGAGGUGGAUGAUGCUUAUGUUACCAAUGAAGCCACAAUGACUAAGAUGAAUAAGUUUUUUGAUGAUGCUUUUCAUUCCUCAUGUGAAGGAAUCAUGGUUAAAUCUCUUGAUGUUGAUGCUGGUUAUCUCCCGUCAAAGCGUUCGGAUUCUUGGUUAAAGGUCAAGCGAGAUUACGUGGAAGGUUUAAAUGAUUCCCUGGACUUGGUUCCUAUUGGUGCUUGGUAUGGAAAUGGAAGGAAGGCAGGAUGGUACAGUCCAUUUCUCAUGGCGUGCUUUGAUCCUGACACCGAUGAAUAUCAAAGUGUUUGCCGUGUGAUGUCUGGUUUCUCUGAUGGUUUCUAUGUAGAGAUGAAAGACUUCUUUGUAGAUGACAAGAUCCUACCAAAAAAUGAGAAACCUUCAUAUUAUCAAACGGGCGAGGAGCCUGAUAUGUGGUUUACUCCGGAACUAGUCUGGGAGAUACGGGGUGCAGACUUUACAGUAUCGCCGGUGCACCAUGCAGCUAUCGGUUUAGUGCAUCCUUCACGUGGCAUUUCUGUGAGGUUCCCGAGAUUCAUUCGAUCCCGGUCAGAUAAGAAGCCGAGUGGUUGUAGCACUGCCAUGGAUAUAGCAGAAAUGUUUCAUCUGCAAACACGAAAGAUGGAUGUUCGGGGUGGUAACUGAAUCGAGAUUCCUUUUGGUUGCCAGUGUUUACAUGUAAAUAGUUUUUCAUAGCUGCGAAUAUGAUGGUACUUCAACCUCAAGAGGCUACCAUGAAUACUGUACUGUAUGGAUGUUUUUCGAAGUUAUCUUUAUGCAUAUUAUCAAUGUCAGCCGCUAGAUCGUUAAUAAUACGAAGGA